AUGGCUGAUAAAAUUGCUGUUGUAACUGGCUCUAAUAAAGGUAUCGGCUUCGGUAUUGUUAAAGAAUUGUGCAAAAGGGGAGUUGGUGUUGUUUAUUUGACAUCAAGAGAUGUGAACCGCGGCAAAGAAGCUGUGGGAAUCUUGGAAAAGGAAAAUCUACAUCCCAAAUUUCAUCAACUCGACGUAAGUAAUGAAGAAAGUGUUAAAGCAUUCGCCGAAUAUAUAAAGAAGAAGUAUAAUGGACUAGAUAUUCUGAUUAAUAAUGCCGGCCUACUUGAUUCCGACUAUCACAAACCCAAUUAUGAGGAUGCAAAAAAAGUAAUUGAUACUAAUUUUUAUGGAGUUUUGUUAAUGCAAAAGUAUUUCUUUCCAAUUAUUAAUGAAAAUGGACGAGUUAUAAAUGUAUCUAGUGACUGGGGUCAUAUAACGAAUUUAAAGAAUUCACAUUGGAUACAACGACUCACUAAUAAAAACGUAAGUGUUGAAGAUGUCAAUGCCUUUGUAACAUGGUUCCUGGAUUCAGUCAAGAAUGGCACAGUAAAGGGAGAGGAUUUCGUAUCUUACAAUGUACUCGCAUACAGAGUGUCAAAAGUUGCACUGUGUGCUCUGACUCGUAUCCAACAAAAGGAAGUCGGAAGAAAUAUUUCAGUAAAUUCCCUUAACCCGGGCUUUGUUCGAACAAAUAUGACUAAAGGAGCUGGUGAUAUGACUGUAGAUGAAGCUGGUAUCACUCCCGCAUAUUUAGCUCUGGAUAUUGAUCAGUCUGUAAAAGGCAAGUAUUUCUGGUUUGAUAAGACUGAAGUCGAUUGGACAGAUACUAGCCUUGACAUACUUGAUACAUUUGAUGACUUCGAAAAACGUGUUGAAGAUGCUGUCAAAUGUAAUGUUAAAGUUUAA